AUGAGACUCGCCUUUGCUACUACUACUUCCUCGUCAACAUCGAGUCAUUUAACUUUGGUUUUGGGUUGUUUAUUUAUGACCAUGGCCGUCGUGUCGAAUCAAGCCGCGGCGCAACAAGCUCCGGCUGGUUGUACCGCUGCAAAUGUAUUCACUCAAUGCUUACAGAACGAACAGGACUACUUGAAAACAUGCAAAGAUCAAGAUUUUGCAUGCUUGUGCAAAUGGAACACUGCUAAGCUGUCAUGCUGGGAUAACUGCCCGAACGACCCUGCUCGUGCAACGCAGGCUGGACUCGUCUCAAACUAUUGUGCAAUCGCUGGAGCCAACGCGCCGACGGCAUUCCAAGCCGCACUUUUCGUACGUAACUGGGAAUUCGUUCCCUUCUUUGAUGCCGGUGGAGUACUGUAA